AUGCAGCGCUACCUGGAGACGACGAGCUCCGGGAGCACCCAAGUAGAUAGUCAUGCGACGGGUGGCGAGGAAGAAGAGGGGGGCUUCCCUGACUGGAUCGCCUUCGGUGUAGUGGCGGUGGCUAUGGCUCUCGGCAUCAUCACCAGGACCACCCUCGCGAAGUGGCUACCGAUCCCCUAUACGGUGCUUCUUCUGCUAUGGGGAGGCAUAUUUGGCGUGCUCUUCACCGAACUGGACGAGCCUUUCAACUACGCCCUCAACAAUGGCAUUGAAGCGUGGAUUCAUAUGGACCCACGGAUCCUUCAGAUUGUGUUUUUCCCCAUCCUCAUCUUCGCCAGCGCGUUCAACGCGCAGUUCCACAUCUUGGAGCGACGUCUCGGACAGAUUCUUUUUUUGGCGGGGCCUGGAGUUAUCCUUGGAGCCGGCCUGACGGCUGUCUUCAUGAAGUUCGUCCUCCCGUACGACUGGGACUGGAACCUGUCCAUGGUCUUCGGGUCCAUGGUAGCGGCUACCGAUCCCGUCGCGGUUGUCGCCCUGCUCGAGGAGCUGGGCGUGAGUGAGAAGCUGGGCACUCUGAUCGAGGGAGAGAGCCUGCUGAACGACGGGUCGGCCAUCGUGGUGUUCGAGGUGUUUCUUGAGGCCGUGGAGGGUCACAGCCGCAACUGGCACGAGGUGAUCGAGUUCGGGUCUCGCCUGGCCCUCGGGGGCCCCGCGAUUGGCGCUGUCAUCGGCAUCAUGGGGGCGUUCGUCCUCGGCUACGUGAUUAACGACGCCCUGGUGGAGGUGUCCCUGACGGUGCUCCUGGCCUUCUCCACCUUUGCACUCUGCGAAGCCACCCGCGUGAAGGUGUCAGGUGUUCUCGGCAUCGUGGCCUGCGGGGUGGUGCUGUCGUACUACGGUAAGCCGCGAGUCUCGUCGCCGGUGCUGCCGUCGCUCAUGGACUUCUGGAAGACGCUCCAGUUCUUCGCGGACACCACCAUCUUCUUCUUGUCAGGGCUGAUCGUGAUCGGUGUCGCCGUCAACGAGGACCGGGCCAUCAACGCUGCGGACUUCGGCUACCUCAUUGCCCUCUUCAUUGCCCUCUACAUCAUCCGUGGCCUCGUCAUCCUUACCGCCUACCCGGUGCUCCGAUCCGGCGAGUACAAGAUCAGUGUGCCGCAGAUGAUCGUCCUAACUCACUCCGGUCUUCGAGGUGCCGUCGCCCUCAUCCUGGCGCUUGUCGUGGACGGUGUGCACGAGAUCGACCAGGAGGACAGGGACAAGAUCGUCUUUCUCACCGCCGGUAUCGCGGUGCUGUCCCUCCUCGUCAACGGUACCACCACGGGGCCCCUAGUGCGCUUCCUCAAGCUCGACAGGGAUGGCGGCUUCGCGGAGGCCCGUCUCGGUGACGCGGCACAAGCUAUGCAGUUCGAUCUUGCUUGA